AUGAUGGAACUAGUCUAGAAUCAAUUAAUGAAUCAAUAUUGAUAUUAUUCGCAUCAUUUUUAAAUGUAUGUAGCUGUUGUGGUGGUGGUGAAACUGUUGUAUAUUGUUGGAAUGGUCGAUGUCGUUGUGGUAGUGAUGAUGAUAAUGGUUUUGUAUCAUAUGGUAUUGUUGGUGGCAGAUUAUCAUUAUUAUUUGAUGAACCACCAUAUGGAAACAAAAAAGAAUACAAUCUUUCAUCACAUAUUAACAAAAAAGAUUUAGCUAAAUUAACAGAACUUACAUGGUGUGAAAUUAAUGAACAUGUUCAACGUGGAGCAUAUUUAGUAGUUUGUGAUGGAUUUAUUGUUAAUGUGAGAAAAUGGAUUAAGGUACAUCCUGGUGGAGCAAAAAUUCUUGAACAUGUCAUAGGAACAGAUAUAACAAAUGAUUUUUUUGGUUAUAAAGGUAAAGAGAUUAUUGAGCAAAUUAAUUUACCAGCAAUAAAAUCAAUAAAACCUGUUCCCACUGGUAUAUCAACAUCAGUUUUAGCACAAUAUACAGAUAUUUUACAUGAGAGAACCAAAAAAUAUACAACUGAAAGAAAUUCAGUUGCACAAGUUGUUGAUGAUAUGAAUUGUAAAUAUUUCUUAAAGGCACCUUUGGCUAUACAUCCACAUAAUUUAUUUGCAAUUAAGAAAAUGGCAACAAUGGUUGUGGCAAAAUUAAAAGAAAGCCCAGAUGUUGAAUCAUCAAUAUUACCUGUACCAACAAUACCACCAAUGGAUGUAAAUAAUAUUAAUAUUGAUAGCUAUGAGAUUCAAGUGAGAGGACCAUUUGAUGUUGGAGAUAGAGAAGUUUUGCAAACACCAUUAUCUGUUGAUGCAACAUCACAAUAUAGAAAAUCAAGUUUACUUGCAAAAAAUAUCCCAUCAUUCAUAUCUUCAUCAACAACUUAUAACAUACCAUUUGGAAUUAUGUAUGAGACGUAG